UUGGGGCUGCUCUGCAGGGGAAAUUCCUGGAAAGCAGAGGGGAACUCGCCCCCGCCCCCGCCCCCCACCUCUCAAGGGGGCUCUUGAGGGCCUUCAGUCGGCUUCUGGGCAGGCAGGACCAAGAGCUGGAUGGCAAGGUCCCCCUCCCGCUGCUGCUGCUCCCGGACAAGGGCGAAGGCGCCUCUUUCCCACAACGGCUGGAAGGAAGGAGGUGCCUGGGAGAAGGCUGGCCCUGGCCAGUAGGAUCCCCCCACACCCUGGGAAAACCAAGCCGGGAGGGGGCCCAGCCAGUUGAGCUCUGGCCCGACGGGCAGCUGGCCGACGGGGCCGGGUGCCCCUCCUGCGCCUUCCUCCUUUGCUCGGUCAGGCGCCGGGAGGAGAGCCGCUGAGCGCACGGAGCGGGGUGGGGACUCUCCCUCGCCACCCCGCCAGGGACAAGCCAGAGCUGACCCAGGGCUUCCCGGUGACCUGCAGGGACGGCGCCACGUACCUGCCGAAGGCACUGAGCCCGGCGGCGGCUCCGGGCCAAGCUCCCUCUCUGUUGGGGGCACCGGGCUCGCCCGCCUCCCCCCCACAGACCCGUUCCUUCUAGACUGCGGGGCGGGUGUCAAAAGCACCGAGGGGGAAGCCCCCACAGCCUGGAAAGGCCGUUGCCCUGCUUGGCCAGCCUUCUGUGGGGAGGCCGGGAAGGGAGUUGCUGGCUCUGCUGAGUCGACGCCAGGCAGACACCGACUCCCUGGCUCAUGAUCGGCGGUUAUCAGCACCUCUCAGGACAGUUUCUUGUCACCAGUGGCCAUUGGGACAUCUUAAAACGUGGGGGCUCAGCAGUAGAUGCUGCUAUCGCAGCCUUGGUCUGCACGUCCGUCCUGAACCCGCAGAGCAUGGGCCUGGGCGGAGGCGUUAUUUUCACCAUCUACAACGCAUCCACAGGAAAAAUUGAGGUGCUCAAUGCUCGUGAAAGGGCUCCCCAAAACAUUACAGAAGGUUUGCUGGAUCAGUGUGGACACUUUUUGCUUCCAGGGGCUCAGUGGAUUGCUGUUCCUGGGGAGCUUCGUGGUUAUGAAGAAGCUCACCUACGCUACGGCAAAUUGCCAUGGAAGGAUCUUUUUGAACCCACCAUCGAGAUGCUUGGCCUUGGAAUUCGGGUACCGGACAUUUUGAGCCAGUUUCUGAAAUACCUGGAGUUUAAUUCACCUCUGAGGAACACAUCCUUAUGCAAACUGGUUUGCAAUGAUCAAGGAACUGUCCUGAGACGUGGAGAGGACUUACACUGGUCAGCCCUAGAGAAAACCCUAAAAGCUGUGGCAGAAAAUGGGGCCAAAGAAUUCUACACUGGGAAGACAGCAGAAAAGUUAGUGCAAGAUGUAAGAGCUGAAGGUGGCACCUUGACACUGGAGGACCUCGAGAAUUAUCAUAUUGAACUGAUGAAGCCCUUGAAUAUUUCACUGGACAAAUAUACCAUAUACUCAGCCCCUCGGCCAGCAGCAGGAGCUGUCCUCUUCUUCAUCCUCAAUGUCCUAAAAGGGUUCAACUUCACCAAAGUGGAUAUGGAAGCACCAAACAGAAGAGCAAAGGCCUAUCACUAUAUUGCAGAGACCUUGAAGUUUGCCAAUGGCCAAAAAGCAAAAUUAGAUGACCCUAAUUUUUCUAAUAUAAAAGAGGAGGUUCUCCAUGAGCUGAUUUCAGAUGCCUUUGCUGACCACGUCAGGCACUUGAUCGACGACCGUGGUGACCACCCAGCCACACAUUAUGACCUGGUACAGCUGAGAACGGCCCCUUUCGGCACCUCACACGUAGCUGUUUUGGCAGAGGAUGGGAGUGCUGUGUCAGCCACCAGCACCAUCAACCACCCGUUUGGCUCAAUGGUAUAUUCGCAGCAAACUGGAAUCAUCUUAAACAAUGAGCUUGCUGAUUUUUGCAUGAAGCGGUCUAGCAAAGACAUUUCUCCAGGAGAGAUACCUCCGUCCUCCAUGACACCGUCCAUUCUUCUUUCUAAAGGUGGGCAGUCCAAGCUAAUAAUUGGAGGCUCAGGUGGGCCCCUCAUUAUCCCUGCUGUAGCUCAGGCCAUCGCCAAUAAGUUAUGGUUUGGGUACGAUCUGGAUAAAGCCAUUGGAGCUCCCAUUCUCUAUGCCACCAGUAGCAGCUCCAUUCAAGUGGAGAAGCAGUUUCCACCGGACCUCGCGAAGGCUUUAGCAAGCAUGGGGCACCGAGUCAGCACCGCGCAACAGCCCCUGAACGUUGUGCAGGGCAUCUCCCAGGACAGCUCCUGCGUCUUCCCUUAUUCUGAUCCAAGGAAACAGGGGGAAGCCUCGGGCUAUUAGAAGCUGGGGAAAGCUCUGGCGAACUCUCCUGCAACCUGUUAACCUUCUCCGGAGGUUUGGCCUUCUCCUUUGGCCUUCACAGAGGCUGCUGCAAGGAACUUCUGAUACAUUUCUAUGCAAACCACACACCCACACCCAAACUAUUCUCCACAUUUUUCCUCCAUCAGGCCUAACUUCUUGCUGUUGUUUGCCCUGCACCCGCGAGACAUCAGUUCUGUAGAAUUGGAGAGGCUGAGCCACAAAUCUGUCUCCUGCGGGAGGGAGAGGUGUGUUGGACUGAGUCCUGCUGGAGUAACUUCUUCUCUGUCCUGAGACGACAAGAAUGUGUUGCUGCUGGAAGCCUAGGAUGUCCAGGGAAAAAGUCUGGCUGGGCUUCCCACCCUGAGGCUGGCAAGGCGGGAGUCUAGAAGGCUGAGCCUGUAUUGGGUAGGAGUCCAAAUUCUCCUGGAAAGCUCGUUCUGGACUGGAAAGCCCGAGGAGAGCAGUAACUCUGCAGCCGGCGUGACUGAAGCCCCUUCCACGCUCACGCUUGGAAGCCGCAUUUGCUCAGGGAGAAAACGAGCAAUUAGCUGGGCAAGCAAAUGAGCCAACGCUCCGGGGACCAGAUGUAGCAGCCCCGGCCUGAGUAGGGUCUGCUUUGGGGAACUUUUAAGCCUAAGAGCCAUUAAUGGUUUGCUGAAGAGAUCCGGCUGGGGAGGCGGGGCACGACUUCGGAGCCAAAGCCGUCAAUGUGAGCGCUUAUUCUCCCUGUGUCUCCUGCUAAAAGCGAAAGCGAUGAACCCCUGCAUUCCCACCUGCUGAGCCUUCACCAGCAGCUGCAUUUCCUCUGAUUGUUACUGUGCUGGGCGGGGGGAGGAAGCGGGGAGGGGGGAUUGUACCAGGGAUGGGAGAGUCAUUCUGGAUGGUGAGCUUUGUCUAUUUCCUAAUGCACAUUUGU